GGCCAGCGGGUGGCGGUGCCCAGCGAGGUCCUUCGGCCCGUGGACCAGUACCUGGGGGUCCCCUACGCCUCGCCCCCGCUGGGGGAGAAGCGCUUCAUGCCCCCGGAGCAGCCCGCCUCGUGGUCGGGGGUCCGCAACGCCACCCACUUCAUGCCGGUGUGCCCCCAGAACCUCCACAGCACGGUGCCUGAGGUGAUGAUGCCUGUGUGGUUCACCUACAGCCUGGACACCGUGGCGGGCUACAUCCAGGACCAGAGCGAGGACUGCCUCUACCUCAACAUCUACAGCCCCACCGACGAGGGUACGCAGGGGGGGGGGGGGGGGGCACUGCCGCUCAUCACUCACACGAGAAAGGGCGGAGCUUUCUCUGGAGACGCCGAUAAGAACGAAGACACCCGGGACUCGGAGCCGCGGCCCGUCAUGGUGUACAUCCACGGCGGGUCGUACAUGGAGGGCACCGGCAACAUGAUGGACGGCAGCGUGCUGGCCAGCUACGGGAACGUCAUCGUCAUCACGCUCAACUACCGGGUCGGCAUACUGGGCUUCCUCAGCACGGGCGACCAGGCGGCUAAGGGGAACUACGGGCUGCUGGACAUGAUCCAGGCGCUGCGCUGGAUCAGCAAGAACAUCGGCUACUUCGGCGGAGACCCCGGCCGCGUCACGGUGUUCGGCUCGGGCAUCGGCGCCGCCAGCGUCAGCCUGCUCACCCUCUCACACCACUCCGAGGGCCUGUUCCACCGGGCCAUCAUCCAGAGCGGCUCGGCGCUGUCCAGCUGGGCGGUGAACUACCACCCGGUGAAGUACACGCGUCUGCUGGCGGAGCGGGUGGGCUGCAACGUGCUGGACACGGUGGACAUGGUGUCCUGCCUGCAGAAGAAGACGGCCAAGGAGCUGGUGGAGCAGGACAUCCAGCCGGCGCGCUACCGCGUGGCCUUCGGGCCCGUCAUCGACGGCGACGUCAUCCCCGACGACCCCGAGAUCCUCAUGGAGCAGGGGGAGUUCCUGAACUACGACAUCAUGCUGGGCGUGAACCAGGGCGAGGGGCUGCGCUUCGUGGAGAACGUCAUGGACCUGGAGGACGGCGUGUCCGGCAGCGACUUCGACUUCGCCGUGUCGGACUUCGUGGACAGCCUGUACGGCUACCCCGAGGGCAAGGACACGCUGCGGGAGACCAUCAAGUUCAUGUACACGGACUGGGCGGACAAGGACAACCCCGAGACGCGCCGGAAGACCCUGGUGGCGCUGUUCACGGACCACCAGUGGGUGGAGCCGGCGGUGGUGACGGCGGACCUCCACGCGCGCUACGGCUCGCCGACGUACUUCUACGCCUUCUACCACCACUGCCAGAGCCUGAUGAAGCCGGUGUGGUCGGACUCGGCGCACGGCGACGAGGUGCCCUACGUGUUCGGGGUGCCCAUGGUGGGCCCCACCGACCUGUUCCCCUGCAACUUCAGCCGGAACGACAUCAUGCUGAGCGCCGUGGUCAUGACCUACUGGACCAACUUCGCCAAGAGCGGGGACCCCAACAAGCCGGUGCCCCAGGACACCAAGUUCAUCCACACCAAGGCCAACCGCUUCGAGGAGGUGGCCUGGUCCAAGUACGACCCGUACGACCAGCUCUACCUACACAUCGGCCUGAAGCCGCGCAUCCGCGACCACUACCGCGCCACCAAGGUGGCCUUCUGGAAGCACCUGGUGCCCCACCUGUACAACAUCAACGACAUGUUCCACUACUCCUCCACCACCACCCGCGUCACCCCCCUGGACGCCACGCAGGCCGGCACCAACGGGGGCAGCAGCCGCCCGCCGCUGUCGGCCGCCGGCGGGCCGGAGACGGGCAAGGAGCUGGGCCCGCUCAUCAUGCCCAACCCGCGGGACUACUCCACCGAGCUCAGCGUCACCAUCGCCGUGGGCGCCUCGCUGCUCUUCCUCAACGUGCUGGCCUUCGCCGCGCUCUACUACCGCAAGGACAAGCGCAGCCACCAGGACGCCUCGCAGCAGCCCAGCCCGCAGCGGCAGGACGGCAAGGCGGGCGGCGGCGGUGGCGGCGGCGGCAGCAACAACAACUCGCUGAGCCACACCAACACCAUCGACGAGAGCCUGUCCCAGCAGCUGCACCACCCGCUGCACUCCUCGCCCAGCCUGGACUACCCGCUGUCCCUGCGGCGCUCGCCCGAGGACAUCCCCCUGAUGGCGCCCAGCAGCAUCAGCAUGAUGCCCAACUCCCUGAUGGGGCUGUCCAACAUGAGCCCCUACAGCACCUUCCCCGCCGGGUACAGCUCCGCCGGGCUGCCCAGCACCCACUCCACCACGCGGGUGUAG